AUGGACCCCUCAUUUCAUGAGGCGAGGACAAGAUUCAGCAACCCCAAAGCCCCCGAGUCCCCUACCCAACAGAAGACCAAGUUCCAGCGUAAACUGGAACGCAAUCCUUAUGCACAAGCACUGGCAAGCCCAAUCCGCCACUGCUCUGUCACCGGGGUGGUUCUUCCCCGUUACUUCCUGCAGGACUUCAAUCUCGUCACUCAUCCAGAAACUGGCCAGCCAUGGUGGAUCUCGCCCAGUCUUACAUCCGACGAGAAGCCAAGGACACCGGCCGAGCAGACCUCAGAGCUCCGAGAAGACAGCCCAGUUCGUCCUCAGGAGUCCGAGACUGGGACCCAGGCGCCCAAAGGCAAGAAACCUGCCGGGCCGACUGGAUAUGUCCUCUCCCGCCAGCAGCUCUUGAAGGAGUUCCAGGAGGGUUCGCGAUUCUUGUAUUCGAAAGCUCACCAGAAGAGGCUCCUCCGGCAGAACAACCCUCACCGGGUGGGUUCGGUGCUGAAGAGGGCGGUGUGGAGAGAAGAUAUGGACUCAUUUUUGCUGGAAUUGAUGCGCCGCCGGAUCGUCGAGGGCUUGCUAUAUUUUUCCGAGCUGUGUGAGCGGGAAGACCGGAAGUACUUGAUCAGGUGUGGAAGCUGGGAAGAGAUCAAGAGCCACGAUCAUCGCGGAUGCGUCCUGUGGCUCGGUCAAGACACCUCGGCCCCCCAAGUGGACCGUUCAGAUCAGCAGGCUCAGACUGGGCCUGGCCAGCUGGCUACCCUGGACAUUGAGGGUGGCCGAUUCGGUGGAAAACUUGCGGUUCAUAAUCUGAGGAACCUCCUGGGCGAGGACCACCUGGCGAGGCUGAAGGAGAGUUCAAAUGUCCUCCGUGAGGGCAAUUUAUUCUUGCUUGGCAGGAGACGCACCGUUGAACUCCAGCUCAAACUGUGGAAACUGGAAGGUUAUGUUGCGAGGUUCUAG